UUCGUGAAACGAUGACCAGCCAAUAUUCUUAUUGCCGGCCCCCUUUCUUGUUUCUUAUUUUGUUGGUGCAGUGGCUUUGAACUCUGCCGUCAGAAACCCACUAAAACGGCUCCGUCUGCACUCUCACUCUGUUCUCCUCCUCUGACCCUCGAGAUUUUCAGGGAUAGGAGGUGAGGGAUCUCCAUCGGGAAUGGCACCGAAGCCGUUGGAUUACGAGUCGCUGAACGAGAACGUGAAGAAGGUCGCGUAUGCUGUGAGAGGCGAGCUUUAUCUGCGCGCUUCGGAGCUGCAAAAGGAAGGGAAGAAGAUUAUUUUUACAAAUGUUGGGAAUCCUCAUGCUCUAGGACAGAAGCCACUAACAUUCCCCCGUCAGGUGAUAGCAUUAUGCCAGGCUCCAUUUUUGUUGGAUGAUCCUAAUGUUGGGCUUCUCUUCCCAGCAGAUGCCAUUGAUAGAGCUAAACAUUAUCUUUCGUUGACCUCGGGUGGUUUAGGUGCCUAUAGUGAUUCCCGAGGUCUUCCUGGAAUCAGGAAAGAAAUUGCUGAGUUUAUUGGACGGCGUGAUGGGUACCCUAGUGACCCAGAGUUAAUAUAUCUCACUGAUGGAGCUAGCAAAGGUGUGAUGCAGAUUUUAAAUACUAUAAUCAGAAAUGAGAACGAUGGUAUUUUGGUUCCAGUUCCACAAUACCCUCUUUAUUCAGCUACAAUAUCCUUGUUUGGUGGAUCUCUUGUUCCAUAUUAUUUAGAAGAAGAGGCCAAUUGGGGUCUUGAUAUCAAUCACAUUCGCCAAUCUGUAGCAGCUGCUCGGAUGAAAGGAAUUUGUGUUCGAGCUCUAGUUAUCAUAAACCCAGGAAAUCCCACUGGCCAAUGUCUGAGUGAGGCCAAUUUAAGAGAAUUGUUGAAAUUUUGUUUUCAAGAAAACAUAGUCCUACUUGCUGAUGAAGUUUAUCAACAAAACAUAUAUCAGGAUGAACGACCCUUCAUAAGUGCAAGAAAAAUAUUGUUGGACAUGGGGCCACCUCUUAGUACGGAGGUCCAACUUGUGUCUUUCCACACUGUGUCAAAAGGAUAUUGGGGAGAAUGUGGUCAGCGUGGAGGAUACUUUGAAAUGACUAACCUACCUGCUAAGACUGUAGAUGAGAUCUACAAAGUUGCAUCAGUGUCACUCAGUCCUAAUGUUCCUGGACAGAUCUUUUUAGGGCUGAUGGUUAACCCCCCCAAACCAGGAGAUAUCUCUUACUUGAGGUUUGCUGCAGAGAGUAAUGCAAUCCUCGAGUCCUUGAAGAGAAGAGCCCAUAUAAUGACUGAUGGGUUUAAUAGUUGCAGAAAUGUUGUCUGCAACUUUACAGAAGGUGCCAUGUAUUCAUUUCCACAAAUACGCUUACCACCAAAAGCAAUUGAAGCUGCUAAAAGGGCUGGCAAGGCUCCUGAUGUUUUCUAUUGCCUCAAGCUUGUGGAAGCUACAGGAAUUUCAACAGUACCAGGCUCAGGUUUCGGCCAAAAAGAAGGGGUUUUCCAUCUAAGGACAACCAUCUUGCCAGCAGAAGAAGAAAUGCCGGCAAUCAUGGACAGUUUCAAGAAAUUCAAUGAUGAGUUCAUGGAACAAUAUGAAGAUUACAGAGGUUACUCCCGGAUGUAGAUCGAUUAAAUGGAAGUUGAAGCAUACUGAAACCGCAAGGAAAAGGAAGAAUUCUCUCUGAUUAUGGAAGUUGCUUUGCUGUGUCAUAUCAGCAUGAACCCUUACAGAAUAUUUCAGUCCACCUUGUAAUUGUUCCAAGGAAAAUUCAUCAAGGAAAACCUGUUUCAUGUAAUUGAUUAAGAGUCGGCUCAAUGACUUGGAGCAUAGAAAUAUUACGUGAAUCAAUGACUUUUGUUAUGUA